CAAAGCUAACAGGUAGACGGAAUGGUUCAGGGCAAAGAAGAAGGCACCAUCGAACAGUUCCCAGCGUGGCUUAACCAGGAGCUGUUCCGGGAGUAUCUAGAGCGUGAUUUUCCUGAUCUGAAGACUGUCAAGUCUUUUCGGCUGGAAACUACGGGAGGAAAUGGGGAGAACUACACAACGCUUCUGUUAAGGGCCAAGUUCGAGCUGGAACUGAAAGAUGGCUCUCAGCAGAGCACAUCCUACAUGGCCAAGGUCUUGCCCAACAACGGAAACCGGGAGAAUGUUAUAUCCUGGCAAGUGUUUGAAAAGGAGCGUACUACCUACGGACAGUAUGUCCCCGAGUUUGAGCAAAUGUACAGGGAUGCGGGCAAGAAAAUUACCUUCGGAGCACACUAUUACGAGCCCAAGGAGCCUCUGAAAGAAGAGGAGGUCAUUGUGCUGGAAGACCUGGGCAGGCGGGGAUUCCGCAACGUGAACCGACAUAUCGGUUUGGAUAUCCAACACGCCGAAGCAGUGUUGGAGAAGCUGGCGCAUUUCCAUGCCGCCUCCGCCGUGCGAUUCCAGCUCAAGGGAGCCUAUCCGGCUGUGUACAAUCGGAACCUGUGCAGCAAGCAGGAUGACUUUAAGGAGUUCCGACACAAUCAAAUCAAGGCCUUUGUCGAGGCUUUGCCCCUGUACGAGGCCUCCGACUUGGCCCAGUCUGUGGAGUCCUUUGGCAGACAAGCUGAGGAUAUGUUCCAGCAAUACGCUCCCCAAAUCGAUGGAGAGUUUCGUGUCCUUAAUCACGGAGAUGCCUGGUGCAACAACUUUAUGUUCCAGUAUGACAAAUCGACGGGCAAAAUAAGCGAAAUCUACUUUGUGGAUCUGCAAAUGAGUCGGUUCUGCUCGCCCGCCCAAGAUCUGCUGUACUUCAUCCUGUCCUCGACGCAGCUGGACAUCAAGAUAGCCAAGUUUGACCACUUCAUCAAGUAUUACCACGAUAAGCUCACGGAAAACCUCAAGCUGCUGAAGUACCCCAAGCAGUUACCUUCGCUGAGGGGCCUGCACCAAUCGAUCUUCACAUAUGGCGACUGGAUUCUUCCAAUCAUCACUGUUCUGCUGCCCAUUGUCCUGGUCGACGGCAGUGAUGAUGCCAAUAUGGACUCCAUGAUGGAUAGCGAGGGAUCCGGGGAGAAGUUCCGCAACAACCUGUUCAAGAACCCUCGCAUCAUCCGAAAUCAGAAGGAGAUUCUGCCCUGGGCCCAUCGUCGUGGGGCCUUUGAAGUUCCCAAAUAAAAUGUACAAACUGUUGAUAUAAUUUCUAGUAAA